AACAGGCGACUGUUGAAUAAACAGGAGUGGGUCGGGAGUAAUUCUUCAGGUGACUUCUUUGGAUAGCGCCCUCCAGGGGAAGGAACCAGCGAGCACAAGGAAGAAACAAAGUGGAGCUAUGGGGAACACCACAAGUGAAAGGAUGUCAGGUGAGCGCCACAGUUCCAAGAUUCACCGCUCAGAGGGAGCCGUCCACCAUGCCAAAGAUCAUUCACACAAGAUCAUGGUUGGCAGCACUGAUGACCCCAACAUCUUCAGCACCCAUGAAUCUAAGCUUCUUGGAGAAAAAGAGUUUGUAUCGUGGCACCAUGACUUGGAUGAGUCAGUUAAACCAUCCCAGCAGGCUCGUCCCACAGUCAUCCGCUGGACAGAUGGAGGCAAAGAAGUUUUCAUCUCAGGCUCUUUCAACAAUUGGAGUGCUAAGAUUCCUCUCAUUAAGAGCAAUAAUGACUUUGUUGCUAUUCUGGAUCUUCCUGAAGGUGAACACCAGUACAAGUUUUUUGUGGAUGGCCAGUGGGUUCAUGAUCCCUCUGAGCCUGUAGUGACCAGUCAGAUGGGAACAAUAAACAAUCUGCUUCAUGUCAAAAAAUCAGAUUUUGAAGUGUUUGAUGCUUUAAAAGUUGACUCCCUUGAAAGUUCAGAGACUUCCUAUCGAGAACUUUCUGGUUCCCCGCCUGGAAUUUAUGGCCAAGAUAUGUAUGUAUAUCGGCCUGAAGAGCGAUUUAAAUCUCCACCAAUUCUUCCUCCACAUCUUCUUCAAGUCAUCCUUAACAAGGAUACUAAUAUUUCCUGUGACCCUGCCCUCUUGCCAGAGCCAAACCAUGUGAUGCUAAACCACCUCUAUGCACUCUCCAUUAAGGAUGGUGUCAUGGUGCUUAGUGCCACUCAUCGCUACAAGAAGAAGUAUGUCACCACUCUUCUUUAUAAGCCUAUUGGAGUCUGAUUCCUGCAUAUUUCCAUAGAGACUCAAGGACUUUUGCUUUUUCUGCAUAUGCCAGAAUACCAGUGGGCAUGAAGAUGGGCAGUCAGCUUCCAGAUUAUUUUAUCAGACACAAAGGUUUGGAUGACUCAGCCCCUAUUCUGUUUUUUAAGCACAAUGAAGCUCUUCAUUCCUAUAUGGCUAUUCAGGACAAACAACUUGAUACUGUUUCAAGCUACUGAGAUCAAGUUUUGGGUGCAUUAUUAUUAUAUUUUAUAUAUUACAAAUUGUGAGGUUGGCUUCUUCCUGAAACAAGAAAACUUGCCUUGCAAUCUUCCCUUCCAUAUUCAAAAAGAAAGUCCAGUGCCACCCUCUUUUCAAAUCAUAUGGCCAUUGUAUACAAGUCACGGUGGCAUGGUGGAGGCUGUAUGAAGCCUCCAAAUACAAAGACCAUGUAUCUUUAAAUAUAGAACAGCUCUUGUUCUCAAGUAUUGAAAGUUUCUUUCAGUAGAAAAUGAGAUGGUAAUUAGACAAAUUUUGGCCUAGUAAAGUAGAAUUGCUAUUAUGUUUUCAGUAUCUACUGUUGUAAAGCCUUUUCUCAAGUGGGUGACUUGGUUCUCAAGAGAAUGGCAAUGGUUUUCAAUCAUACAAAAGACUUCUUUUUUUAGGAAGCAGUAUAGGCCUGUUUGUACUGAGAAUAAGAAAAAAAUUGUACCAUUCGUGAGCCAAUUUUCUGUCUGUAAAUCCCCAAUAGGUUUUUUUUUUAAAUGCUGAUGGAAAUAAUAAUCAAAGAAAAAAAUGAAUUGGGCUAAACACAUCUUAUUGUUAGACCAAGGCUACAUUUUGAAGUCAUAGCAAUUUGAAGGUAAGGUAGCUACGCUAAUAAAAAAAAUGUAAUAACGGUAUAUUGGAAUAUCUACAAGAAAUACCAUUUACCUGCAAGCAAGUAUUGCUGGGGCCACAAAAGAGACAAAAUAAUAGAAAAUUAAGAAGCUACAGUGUUCUGGGACUUUAGAAUUCAAACAGACAAGCACCUGCCAGAUAACACACUAGGCUUAACAGUUAUUGAUAAGAAACUCAAAAAUGUCUGGAUAGUGAAAAUUGCAAUACCUGAAGACAGCAGAAUAGAAGACAAAAAAUUGGAGAAAAUCACAAAAUACAAAGACCUGCAAACAGAAGUAGAACAACUGGCAAGAGAUAGCAAAGUUACUACCCAUAGUAAUAGGUACCAUGGGCGCAUUCUCAAUACAUCUGAAGCACCAUUUGAACACCGUUGACUUUGACAGAAUCACCAUUAGUCACAAUUAUAGCAAAAGAUAUCUGUACUUGGAACAGCUUACAUGCUGCAGUACCUUUAACCACCAUGAAACAAUCAUAUCUGCCUAUUCCAUGUCCUUGGAAAUAACUUGAUAGGUGGAGAAAAUUACCAAAUCCAGUAAAAAUGUCUGACUGACUGUACAACCGACCAUCAUCAUAAUAGUAAUGGAUGAUGUAUCCAUUCCCUAAUCCUAACAUUAUAAAUGAACUUUUGCACCAUCCUCCAAAGAAUCCAACAGUAAGACUAAGGUACCUUUGGAACUCAGUCUCUGAGGAUGCCGUUCUUGGAGUACCCUUUUCUUUGAGAAUAGCAUUUGUGGCUAAGGUCUAGUAUCUAUGCAUAUUUAUAUACUCCAUAUAA